AUGGCGACACACAUACAGAGCGACCCACAAGAGCAGCUGCGACCAAGCGCUGCAGCAGGAGCAGAGCAGCGGGAGGAGCACGAAUUGAGCCAACAACCAGACAGCAACCAAUACAACGACCUGCACAACCCGGACAACUCGUCGUCGGACAACCUGCACUUGCGACCCAGGGACAACAGGCACAUUGCACAGUGCUGGCUCAACCAGGGGACUGGGUACACGACGCGGUCGGACGCAGCGUUUACGCGGGUCUUGACCAGUGACGCGCUCGAGCUCGAGUACCGCCGCAGAAACAACGAGAUCAAGACCGUGAUUCACUGGGGUCAGCGCAAGCUGCUCCUGAGCGAGAUUGAGUUCCUCACAUUGCACGGCGUGCCCGGCCAGCUCGUCGUGUACGCGGGUGCGGCGCCCGGCACGCAUCUCGAGUACCUGAGCAGUCUGUUUCCCGAGCUGUACUUUCACGCCGUCGACCCAGCCCCAUUUACUGCCAAGGAGACCGAUCACAUCAAGCUCAUCCAGGGGCUCUUUACUGACGAGAUGGCGAGCAGCUACUGCGGCCAGCGCGCGCUCUUUAUCAGCGACAUCCGUUCGGCCGACUGGCAGCGCCAGUCCGACCAGGAAGUCGAAGCGAGCGUCAAGUGGGACAUGGACGCGCAAAUGCGGUGGCACUUGCUCAUGCAGCCAGUGCGCAGUAUGCUCAAGUUCCGUCUGCCGUGGGCGCCCGGAACCACCGAGUACCUCGACGGCGACCUUUAUCUGCCCGUCUGGGGCCCAAUCACCACCACUGAGGCGCGGUUGAUUACCGCAGAAGAUCCGAACGCCAAGCGCGACUACGACCACACAAAGUACGAGCGACAAAUGUUCUUUUUCAACACAGAGCAGCGCGUCUGGCUCUACGACCAUCCCGUGCGCGGCGAGGGCCUCGAUUGCUGUUACGACUGUCGCGCCGAGGUGUUCAUUCUCGCCGACUACCUCCUCAAGGUCAAGCGAGUGUCGGAAGCCGACUGCGCGACAGAAGUGGCAAACAUGUCGCGCCGCAUCUCUCGCAAGAUUGCUGGCGGCCGAACCUUACUGGACGACAAUAUUGAUCCUGGCGUGCGCAAGCGAGGAAUACAAAGCCGUCAGUGGAUUGGUGGCCGACCUGCCUACGAGGCUGCCAAUCCUGUGCAGUACUCGGCUCGCGAUCGAAGCAGGAUCGAGAGAUAG